AUGGACAGCAGAUUCCAUAACGGCCCCCGGCAGGACACUGGGCCCCGUCAGGACGACUAUUCAAGUAACAAAGCGCAAGAACUGAGUUCUAGAAUUUCUCCUUCCUCAUACACGCAGUAUCAGAGCAAUUCAAGUAAACCCUUCAAUGCGAUUCCAUACACCAAAGAGGAGGAGGAGUCCAUCCAAGGUCGCCUAAACAAGGUUUUAGGGCCUGAAUAUGUUAGUUUUCGCCCAGGAACUGGCGGCCAAAACGUGUCAUAUAUUGAAGGAUGGAAGGCUUUAAAUCUUGCUAAUGACAUAUUCGGGUUUAAUGGGUGGUCAUCAGAGCUUAUCAGUGUUCUGGUGGAUUUCUUGGAUGUACACAAAAAUGGACGUGUGUCGUUGGGCCUUUCAGUUGUUGCAAGAAUCACUUUGAAGGAUGGGACGUUUCAUGAAGACUUUGGCUACGGUUUUAUUGAAAACGCCAAAAAUAAGGCGAUGGCUUUUGAAAAAUGCAAAAAGGAAGCUUUCACAGAUGGUUUAAAGCGGUGUCUACGGUGUUUCGGCAAUGUAUUAGGUAACUGUCUUUAUGAUAAGACCAUCAUUGCGAAAAUGCAAAAAGUGAAGGCACCACCGCGUGAAUUGGAGCACUCAGACUUCCACCGCGACCCCUUAGUCCUUAAAAGAGAAACACUGUUAAGAGCCAAACAUCAGCUGUUGCAUUCGAUAUCUUCAAAUGUUCAGAAGCCUUCGCAUCAAGCUCCACGUCAAGCGGUCUCAACGAGAGACCCUCAAAAUGCGAACGAAGCAGGCAAUCUUCCGAUGCUGACGACUGAGUCAGUGUCUAAUCGAUCUGGCAUCGAAAGGAAUCCAGCUUUGAAUUCAGCUGAUUUCAGGGACCUUGAUGAUCUGUUUCAAUUUAGUGACGAAUUGGGGGAAGAAGAGCUUAAUGAUCGUUUAGAUAAUUACGAACUUGAGCUUCUCAAAAACAAAGAAAGGGAGAAUCAACAUGAAAGUGAUCAGUCUUUGAAGUCCGAUGAGGCUGAUGAGGCACCUGGGCAAACACCAAGUCAGGUUUUCUUCACCAGCUCUAAGAAAGCAUUGGACGUUCAGAAAAGCCAGGAUGCAAGCAAUAUUCCAGUUUAUAACCACAGAUUCAUAUCCUCGAGUGUUCGUCGCUCUGUGGAUCCCUCGAAGUCUGUCAAAGUUCGGAAAGCUGAUGCAAGUCCGCAGACAUUGCCUUCUACUAUCCUGGGUAAUACCGUGUCUCCUUCCCCAAAUAUUGCUACCGUGAAGCGUCCUCUUCCCUCUGGUCAACGUCAACCUUUGAAAAAGGCGCAUAGAGCAGUUGAUGAGGCUGAGAAAGAAAAUGAAGAGUGUAAGUAG